AUGUGGAAGCUGAGCCGGGGCCGGGUGCUUCUUGACGAAACCCCGGAGGAGGAGGACGGCCUGCCCGAGGGGCCGCCGCCUGCGAUGGCCGCCGCUGCAGCGCAGGUGCAGGGAGCAAGUUUCCGAGGGUGGAAGGACAUGGCUUCACUAUUUAACAAAGACGAUGAACAGCAUCUGCUCGAAAGCCAUAAACCCCCCAAGUCCAAAGGAGCAAACACACGACUGAGAGAGGAGCUCAAGGCUGAGAAGAAGCCUGGAUUUUGGGACAAUUUGGUCUUGAAGCAGAACACACAGCCCAGGAAACCGGAUGAGAUGGAAGGCUGGGAACCUCCCAGACUGGCUGAGGGAGAUGCAGCUGUCGACUCAGGGGACAUGGCGGGCAGCUGCCUGCCUUGGCCAGAGUGGGAGGAUGCCCCCCAGGGCUCCUCUAAGUACACCAGCCUGGCCAGUUCAACAGGCAGCUCCCGAUGGAGCCUCCGGGCUGCAGGCAAGCUGGUCAAUAUCCGCCGGCAGAGCAGAGGGCACCUGCGGGAUGGCUGGCAGGAGGCCGAGUGAGAGGGAGCCAACACCAGCCUCAUGCCUGACCUCAUGUCUCAGGGGACUCUGGACCCCCACACUGUGCUCCCAGCACCUGGUGGGGCCUCUGAGGAUGAGGCCCACCUGCCCUGUCGGUGCCGGUCACCUCCACCGUGUCCAGCCGUCCGUCCCUCCUACCUCCUGCAGCUCCUGCAUGUGACAUGUGUCCAUCUGACACAGGAAUGUAGCAGCUAUGCAGUUGCCAGAAAAUCACAGUCUAGGACAAGAAAUGAAUCCUUAGAACUUUUUUCUUCCUAAAUUAAAAAUAUGUGAGCAAUUCCUGGGAAAGUGAAGCUUACAUUUGCACACAAAGCACGGCUUGGAGAGUGCUUGUCCUGUGCUGGGGACAGUGGCUCUCCUGGGAGCUUUAUUUUUAUUUCUGAACUUGCAAAUAUUCAUCUUUAUUUUCUUUGAAAAAUUUUCUCUUCUGUUUAUAGAUUAAAGCAGU